AUUACACCUUUGAAUUGCUGAGCGAGGUAGUCACAGGGCUGAAACGGUUGGUAUGUAUCUGUGAUUUCCUUUUGGAAUCAAUAAAGUAUUUUUSAAUUGAAUUGAACGUGUAAGGAAAAAAGAUGGCAUUGUGCUUAAAGGGUGUGUUGGCAGAGACGUACUGCAAAAACAUUUUGUGAAAAAGCUUAAAAUAGUACCACAAAGAAUCAAACUCUGCAAAAAAGCUCAAACUCGAACACAAAAAGUGAACAUGGAGCACGUAAAAUCUUAAAAUGGACUUUCUUAAAAAACAUAGAACCCUACUACUUGCAGCAGUGCUGUCUGUCUUAAUAUAACUGUCUUACUUCUUAAGUAUGCAAGAUGAUGUGGGGCCUGUUAAAAGUCUGUGGGCAUAUAAUCCUCCCAUGCUAUAACAAGGUACUUAAGCUCCCUUAGGAAGAAGCUCUAUAGGUGGGACAAGUCUGGUCUAUGUCUGAAGAUAGACUUGAAUUAUAAAGUAAACCGACAAAGCGUUGUUGAUGUUUGUUUUCUUCGGCGCUUUCUCCACUUAUUUACCUCGUCGUAUUAUGCGGUGUUGAUUACAUCCUGCCUGGAUGUGGCUCAGGUGUCCAGCUAAGCAUCUGACUUGCCAACAUCUCACUCUCCCUUAGCUAGGCAGGAUUGCUCCAUGUGAAAUGAUCAGCGUUGGGAUUUGCAGGUUAAGGAUGCUUAAAGCGGGGUUUUUACUGCCCUGACGUCACGUUAAUUAGUGGCCACGUUGAUCCUUUCAGCCUCUAAGCUGCAUUCUGUCCUGUUCUGUCUGUUGGUGGACAUGGGCUGUGUCCACCAAGGAAGAUGCACGUUCUUUCGAAGGGACGCUAAUUGAUUCGUUGCAACCCUGACGGCGAGAACACUGCCUACAUUUUUUUGUUUGCUUUUAAUUUCCCUGCAGGUGAUGCAUUGGUAGAAAGAAGAAAACCAGCAAGAGGACACUGAUUUCGGUCAAAAUGGCAGACAAGGAUAGUGUGGAGAAGUAUUUGGAGAACAACCCACAGUUCGCCAAAGAGUACUUUGACAAAAAAUUGCGCGCCGAGGCUCUUACCGCCGCCUUCUCUGGACAGCUCGAUAUCAAAGACACUGCAUCGUUCAAGGAUGUUAACUCGGUGCAAGAGGCGGCCAUCGUUUUCGAGUUGGUCCAGGAGCUGCAGAAGCAGGGGAACAUGGAGAAAGGCAUUCACAAAGUGUUGCAGAGGAUUGCACUGAUCGUGCAGGCCGACAGGGUCAGCUUUUUCAUGUGCCGCUCGAGAAACGGAACCCCCGAGCUCGCCUCUUGCCUCUUCGACGUGACACCGACAUCCAAAUAUGAAGCCAAUUUAGUGAACCCCCAGAGUGAAAUUGUUUUCCCCACUGAUAUGGGUAUAGUUGGUUUCACAGCAACCUCCAAAAAACCGCAAAGUGUUGCAGACGUGACAAAGAAUCCAAAGUAUUGUGACUUUGUGGACAAACAGACGGGAUACAAAACCAAGUGUGUGAUGAGUUUCCCCAUUAUGGUUGAAAAGGAUUGUAUCGGGGUGGUCAUGACACUUAACAAAAUAGGAGCUGAUGCAUUCACUCCAGAGGAUGAGAAGCUUUUUCACAAGUACAUGACUUUUGCCCAAGUCAUCACCCUGCAGCAUCACACAGCCUACAUGUUCAACGUGGAGUCCAGGAGGAGUCAGGUGCUGCUCUGGUCAGCCAGCAAGGUGUUUGAGGAGCUGACAGACAUCGAGAGACAGUUCCACAAAGCGCUCUACACUGUGAGGACCUACCUGAUGUGUGAACGAUACUCCGUGGGUCUGCUGGACUUGACCAAAGAGAAGGAAUUUUAUGAUGAAUGGCCUGUGAAACUUGGAGACGUGGAGCCCUAUAAAGGACCAAAAACACCAGACGGCAGGGAAAUCGUCUUUUACAAGAUCAUUGACUACCUCUUAGAAGGCAAAGAAGAAAUCAAAGUCAUACCAGGUCCACCUGCAGAUCACUGGGCUUUGGCUAGCGGACUGCCUACAUAUGUUGCAGAAAAUGGUUUUAUCUGCAACAUGAUGAACGUUGCUGCAGACGACUACUUCACUUUCCAGAAAGAGGCCGUGGACGAAACGGGGUUCGUCAUCAAGAACGUCCUGUCGCUGCCCAUCGUCAACAAGAAAGAAGAAAUCGUGGGCAUCGCCACUUUCUUCAACCGGAAAGACGGCAAGCCGUUUGAUGAAUACGAUGAACAGAUCACUGAGGCUCUGACCCAGUUCCUUGGGUGGUCAUGGCUGAACUGUGACACCUACGACCGACUGAACCGCCUCGAGUACAGAAAAGACAUCGCUCAAGAGAUGCUCAUGUACCAGACAAAGUGCACCACAGAUGAGCUUCAGUCCAUUCUGAACACCAAAGAGAAGUUUGAUGCGGAUCCUGAAGACUGUGACCAGAAGGAGAUGUACAAACUACUGAGAUCAAACUGCCCACCAGCCGACAACGUCGACGGAGAGAACCUGUACUCGUUUGGCUUCAGCGACUUCCCCGUUUCGGAGUUCGGCCUCAUUAAAGCUGGCAUUCGCAUAUUCUUUGAGCUCGGAGUUGUCGAAAAGUUUAAAGUUCCUGCAGAGACGCUGACCAGGUGGAUGUACACUGUGAGGAAGGGUUACCGUUCCAUUACCUACCACAACUGGAGGCAUGGUUUUAAUGUAGGCCACACCAUGUUCUGCUUACUGCAGACAGGAAAGCUGAGGAAGUACUAUUCAGAUCUAGAUGCCUUUGCCAUGGUGGCUGCAGCUUUCUGCCAUGAUAUCGACCACAGAGGAACCAACAACCUCUACCAGACAAAGAGUGCGUCUCCUCUGGCCAAACUUCACGGCUCCUCCAUCAUGGAGAGGCACCAUUUGGAGUACAGCAAGACGCUGAUGGGAGAAGAGGCUUUGAACAUUUUCUGCAACCUUCAGAAGCGUCAGUUCGAGAACGUGCAGCACCUGUUUGACGUUUGCAUCAUCGCCACCGACCUGGCCCUUUAUUUCAAAAAGAGAACCAUGUUCCAGAACAUCGUGAACGCCACAGAGCCGAUGACGGACGAAAAGGAGGCCACCGCUUACAUUUCCAACAACCCCAUCAGGAAGGAAAUUAUCAUGGCCAUGAUGAUGACAGGCUGCGACUUGUCAGCCAUCACCAAACCUUGGGAGGUACAGAGCAAGGUCGCUCUGAUGGUCGCAGCUGAAUUCUGGGAACAGGGUGACUUAGAAAGAAAUGUUUUGGACCAGCAGCCAAUUCCCAUGAUGGACAGAAAUUGUGCCGAGCAGCUGCCCAAGAUGCAGUGUGGUUUCAUCGACUUCGUGUGUGCGUUUGUGUACAAGGAGUUUUCCAGGUUCCACAAAGAGAUCCAGCCCAUGUUUGAUGGUCUGAACAACAACCGAGCUCACUGGAACGAACUGGCAGAAGUYUAUAAUGCAAAGAUGAAGGCUAUCGAGGACCAGAAGAAGAAACUAGAAGAAGAAGAAGCUAGGAAAGCUGGUGGUGGUGGCGAGGGCAAGUCAAAGACCUGCACCAUCUGUUAGGAUCCUCCGCUGCUUGGAUCUGGACUACCUUGGUCUGUUUAGGACUCAUCUAGACAGCACUAGUCAUCUUCAGGACAUCUCUUUUUUUCCCUUUUUUUUUUUGGAUUUUUUCCCCUCCCUUCAGACUGGUGUUUGGUCUUUGCUACACCAGCUUUAGUUGUCUCCGGUUCACUUUGCUGCCCUCCAGUCUGACUGUUGUUCCAGAUGGUUCUGGUCUAGUUUAUUCAGCGUAGUUAGGACUGGUCUGCGUCGGAGUCUGGACCACACCGGCCGAUCUUCGAAGAGGGAGAAAGAAUUUAACAAGAAGUGAUGCUGGGACUCUGCAAAGAGAAGAUGUUUGGCUCUAACUGAAGAAAUAUAUGAAACAUUUCUCUGCUUUAAACAUCAUCAUGGACAUUUUUCAAAGCAGAAACAGUGGAUCAGCAUGUGUUUCCACUUAGCGUAGCAAUAAUCCGAACGUGUUUGGCAUGAUUUGAUAUCAUGCUUUGAUAAACUCAUUAUAUAGACAGAAUUGGUGAAGAAUGCCUACAUGCCAAAGCUGUAGCAUUCAAACAGUGUUCUAAUUUGCAAACAUGAACACAACAUGCAAUAGCUCUGUAGGUCGCACAAUGCACUCAGCUGCUGCUGUCUUAGCAGCGACAGACAGAAACAAGAAGGGAAGGCAGAUGAAGAACAUAUCUUGGUAUUGUAGUGGUGGCAAACUGUUAAAGAUGGUUAAAGGUAAUACUGAGGCAUGGAGMUAAUCCUUUUAGCACUUAAAAAGGGAAACUACUGUAAUAGAACAGGGAGCGAUGGMGCUUAAACCAAUCAGGGACGAUGUUUUCUCAUUGUUAAAGAGGCACUCAUAAGUCGUGCAAAAGGUAUAUUUAUAUUAUUAUGCAAUUCAUCUAAAUAUAUUUUUUUGAUUUAUGGGCUAUUUUGUACUUGAACUGUCUGCAUGAGUGGAGAAUUUGAGGUGAACUUUGAGAGAGGAUGUUCUGAACCCGUGAACCGAUGAAGUCACUGUCAGACAUGAGGAAUGUGUUGUAAAACUUUAUGAUCAGCUUCGGAAAAACACUUUUAAAGUGAGGAGUCAGACCUUUUGAAGUGGGGAUCUGUGGAAGGACUAUUAACAGUUUAUAUAUUACCUGUURUAGGUGGCCCUUUGACUGACCUCAGUUUGGAGAAAUAUAAUUUAAGUUUGGACAGAUUGAUAAGCCAAGUCCAAGUGGGGACAAGACCAUCGUAAGUUUCGUAGUGUUUUWAAGCAAACUCUAAAUUUUACAUUGUGAAUACGUUUGCAUUACAUGGUUAGUUCUAUACAGUUAUGAGAAAUAAGAAGCAAUACAACAGCAGCUAGCUGUAGCACUUUGARCAGAAUYAUCAUWAASUUUCUGUCUUUUUUUCUUUGACUAAAGUAGAUUUCCAAUCCAGUCAAAAUCCAACAUUUUCCAAACUGAGAUCUAAAACGCUAUCUACAACAAGUAAGAUAUUCAUUAGUCAUAACAUUUUCACAAAUCCUCAGUUCAGAAGAUCUGAACUGUUUCAUUAGGUUGUUUUAGCCGAUAAAUUGUGUAACAUUGAACAGUGUUUAGCUCAAUCUUACAGCUCCAUUUUGUUCACAACUGCUUUUAUUAAAGUACUUGAACAUAGUUCAAUACAUAGAGAAAAAAAAACUCCAGCCUAAAAAAAAAACCCUGAAAGCUGGGAGAGCAACUUUUGCUUCUUUUCAGCAGGCAAGAGUCAAACGGUUCAGUAGAUCUACCUCUCCUUUAAGAAGCUUUAACAGGAUUUGAUUGCCUGCCAGUGUUUAAGAUCCACACAGCUUUAGACUUUAAAUACCCUUCUUACAGAGGAGGUAAACGAGGCUAACACAGCCUUAUCGUAUGUAUGUGCAAGACGAGCGGUGUUUGCGGAGACGGCRACUGUUGUUUCAUUGAUUGUACAAUGGUACGGGCAAAGUUCUCUGCUUCUCUGCAACUUUGUGUGAAAUCGAUAUCUUGUUUUGUAAAGCGCCCGGUCUGGUCAGGGCUGUGAGCUUACAGAGCAACACCGGGAGCACCCGUCUGUCCCUUUGGGGUAAAAAAGCAAUGUCCUGUUAUGCAACGUAGUCUCCUCCAAUCAAUGGGGCAUCAAUCAGAGGCAUUUAAUCCAAUCAGCGAGGCUUUGGGUCUAUGUGGAAGCUCCUUGUCUGCUGCCUGAGGUGAAGCGAGGAGCUGUUUGUAAUCACUGGACAGAAAAAAAAAACUUUGAUUUGUCUUCAAUGAUUCUGCCAUGAAUUUCCAGUGAUAACAAAAGCCUCUAGCUUCUCCUUUUUUUGGAUGCUGUGGUAAAUGCAAAAAUAACGCACCGUAUCUUUGUCACUGAGACUUUAGAAAACUGUCAUUUAAUGUAUGAAACGACUGUAUUUAUAUGUCACUACUAUCUGUAAGCAUGUGUAGGAAGUCAUGGAGGUGUAAAAAAGAAAUAAAGUAACACUUUUUCUCAUUAUGAAAA